AAAUUGCAAGUGGCAGUCGAUGAAUUAGCAAAGCGAAAGAAAGAGAGAGAGGUAAUGGAGAAUGCAAAAGCAGCAGCACCCACAGGGUGCUACAAGUGCGGCCGCCCAGGCCACUGGUCACGUGACUGCCCCUCCUCCCCCGCCUCUGCCUCUGCCCCUGCCCCUGCCCCUGCCCCUUCCUCUGCUCCGAUCCCACAGGGUGCUACAAGACCCUCCUCUUCCGGUACCACAAGCGCCGAGAAGCCGAAGAAGGCAGCGAGAUCGAGAUCCAGGCCAAGGCUCACGCCGGACCUCCUCCUCUCCGAUGAUGGCCUCGGCUACGUUCUUCGCCACUUUCCUCGCGCCUUCAAGUGCCGCGGCCGGGGUCAUGAGGUUAGCGAUUUGGGAAACCUAAUUGGGUUAUAUAGUGAAUGGCACUCUCGUUUGCUCCCUUAUUACUCAUUUGAUCAGUUUGUACAUAAAGUGGAACAAGUUGCUGCUACAAGACGCGUUAAGAUGUGUAUUAGAGAAUUACGAGAGAGGGUUGCCAAAGGGGGGGAUCCAACAAAGUUGCAUGAGGAGCCAGUACAACAUGAUGAUUCAAAUGUUGAACAAGAAGCCAUGAACUCUGAGGCCCUUCAGGGAGAUCCAUCCUUGAGAAACAAUGAUGCUGAUGAUAUACAAGACAUGCUGUAUGAUGUUUAUGAGAAAGCAAAUGAAGGUGAGACGGUUGGUGGUGACAUAGUAACAAGUGCUAGUAAUAGUAUCCCCAUCUCCAACUGUAGCGGAAUUCAGGUCUCACAAGAACAGAGAGCUCGUAUGGAAUCUAACAGGUUGAAGGCACUGGAGAGAGCUGCAUCUCGGGCCCGCUCAUUCCAGGCCGCUUGACUCAUUUCUUCAUCAUAUUCUCUCUGCUUUUUAAAUUUCCUUCCAUCCUGCAAUUAAUGCUCAAAUGUUUUUUAUUCUAUCAAUUUUCUUUUCAUGCUCUAAUUGUCAAUCCGAUGAAGAUCCCCUCUAUCAUGUAAAUUUUGCAACUUAAUUAAUUAUGUCAAACUCAGUUAUCCUGAGUACAAACCGUA